CCGCGGCGGGUAGGGGUGUGAGCGACCGGAGGGUUGAGUGGGAGUCGGGCCGGCGGGCCGCCGCCACCAUGCAGGAAAUCAUCGCCAGCGUGGACCACAUCAAGUUCGACUUGGAGAUCGCCGUGGAGCAGCAGCUCGGGGCGCAGCCUCUGCCCUUCCCCGGCAUGGACAAGUCGGGGGCAGCUGUCUGUGAGUUCUUUUUGAAAGCUGCCUGUAGCAAAGGGGGCAUGUGCCCAUUCCGCCACAUCAGCGGGGAGAAGACGGUGGUGUGCAAGCACUGGCUGCGGGGCCUGUGCAAGAAGGGCGACCAGUGUGAGUUCCUGCACGAGUACGACAUGACCAAGAUGCCCGAGUGCUACUUCUACUCCAAGUUCGGGGAGUGCAGUAACAAGGAAUGCCCCUUCCUGCACAUUGACCCGGAGUCCAAGAUCAAGGACUGCCCGUGGUAUGACCGCGGCUUCUGCAAGCAUGGUCCCCUGUGCAGACACCGGCACACGCGGAGAGUCAUCUGUGUGAAUUACCUCGUGGGAUUCUGCCCGGAAGGGCCCUCCUGUAAAUUCAUGCACCCUCGGUUUGAACUGCCCAUGGGAGCCACCGAGCAGCCCCCGCUGCCACAACAGACUCAGCCCCCAACCAAGCAAAGUAACAAUCCGCCAUUACAAAGGUCGUCCUCCUUGAUCCAGUUAACGAGUCAGAACUCUUCUCCCAACCAGCAGAGAGCCCCACAGGUCAUCGGGGUCAUGCAGAGUCAGAACAGCAGUGCAGGCAACCGGGGACCCCGGCCGCUGGAGCAGGUCACCUGUUACAAGUGUGGUGAGAAAGGACACUACGCCAACAGAUGCACCAAAGGCCAUUUGGCCUUUCUCAGUGGACAGUGACAGCAGCUGGAGCCACCUCAGAGGGGCCUGAGGGGCCUGUCCUCGGGGCUGUGCUGACAGCUGGGUGCUGGUGGUGGGCAGCCCUGGUGAGACUUGAGCAGGCACAGCAGGCCAGUCCUCGGAACGGCUGCGGCCAUUCGUUCACCCGUUUCGCUGUAAUCUUUUUUUUUUAAAAAAAGGGACAAGGGCUCCUUUUGUGACCCUGAGCCAGCCCAUUUGUCUAGGCACUGCAGCCUCUGGGCAGGAGUCAAGCCCAGUGUGAGGAAAGGCUUGUGCUGUGCCCUGUGUGGACGGUGGCACCCUUUGGGGUCUCACUAAGGACCAGUUCUUGGUGCCCCAGGGGCCAGGCUGGCCUCCCAGACCUGCUGAACUCGAAGCUGUGCCUGCCAAUGUGAUAGAGGAGGAGGUGGCCCAGGGCAGAGCAACGGAGAGGUACAGGGCUCUCCCCUGGGCGAUUCUACUGGGACACCUACAGGACCACCUUGACCCAAGGACCCAGAACAUCUGUGCUCCACCUCAGGCAGCUGGUGGGUCAAGGCCACUCUGCCCAGGGACUCAAAAAUGUGAAGCCGUCAGCUGCAACCUGUUGGCCCAGUGGGCCUUUCAAAGUCCAAGGACGAUUUUUAUAAGCUUGAUUAAAGCUUCGUUUUCUAA